AUGUCAACCCUACCCUUGCUCACAGCCAACAACGCCAACAAAAGAAAAACUCCAUCUUCUCCAGCUGGUCCGGCCGCAAAGCGUCAAGCAUCUGCAUCAUCACUAGGCAAGUCGACAUCUGGACCCAAGAAGCCUCCAGGGUUCAUACCUACUACCACUCGUAAACCCUCAGGCACGUUGAGCCGUCCGACUUCUUCCCUGUCCACCUCUACCAGACGGGCUGGCAGUGCUUCCAGUAAUUCUGGUGUGGCAACCUUGACAGGACCCACGACGAGAUCAAAACCUACCACCACCACUGCCCGACAAUCCCGACCACCAGUGGCCGGACCAAGUACCAGAAGUACCCUCGGUCGAAGUGUGGGACCUACAAGAGGGAUCAGUCCUGGACUCGGAGCAGCAGCAUUGGGUGGUAUUGGAUCAGGAGUGGCAAGCGUGGAGCAAUUCAAAAGUCAUGAUGGUCGAUUGCACAAUGUUGAGAAGAUGGUUGGUGGCUUCAAAGACUUGCUUGACAGAGAGGGCCAAAAGAUCAACUCUCUUCAAACCCAACAUGCAGAUCUGCAAGCAUUGUUGUUCUCGACUCAGAAUACAGAAAGAGAAGCCAGAAGAGAUUUGUCCACGGCAUCAGAAGAGAUCGCCGCGUUGCGGUCGGCACAUGCUAGGGAGGUGGACGACCUUGAGAGAGCGAUAGCGAGAAAGGACAGAGAGAAACGGGGUAUUGAAGAGGAGCUGAGAGAUAGUAGAGAUGAACUGGGGAGAGAGAGGGAGAUGGUUAGAGAGUUGAAACUACAAGUCGCCCAACAGUCCACGCAACAUCUCACCCUCACUGCUCAACUCACUGCAGCCCAGUCUCAACUCACUCUUCUCCAAUCCGAAGUUGAACGCGCUACGUUGUCAGUGUCAGGAAUGAAAGCCGAGGUUGAAAUCGGUCGACAAGAAGCGAAGAAAGCGGAGGAGCGAGCUGAACAAAAAGUCAGAGAAGCAGAGGAUGAGCGUGAUAGACGUAUCGCCGAGAUUGAACUGGAGUUGAGGGAGGCAGAGACGAUCCGGAGGAAGUUACAUAAUCAAGUACAAGAGCUCAAGGGAAAUAUCAGAGUAUUUGCAAGAGUUCGACCUGCUCUAGCACACGAAGUAGACGCUCCGGAUGGACUUGCCGAUAUCGCAUACGGUGACGAACGUACAGCUCAGGAAACGGGACAAGGACAAAUCAUCGUCAGUAACAAGAGUGAAUCUGCCAUGGGUGGUGUGAGAGAACAGGUGAACUCGUUUGCAUUUGACAAGAUCUUCUCGCCCAAAGCUGGACAGAAAGAGGUGUUUGAAGAGAUUUCCAUGUUGACGCAAAGUGUGUUAGAUGGGUACAAUGUAUGUAUCUUCGCCUAUGGUCAAACGGGCUCUGGGAAGUCGUGGACAAUGGAAGGUGGUCAGAAUGAAGAAGAUGCAGGGAUGAUACCCCGUGCGAUCGAUAUGAUCUUCGCCGCUAGUAAAGGUCUGAAGGAUAGGGGGUGGAAGUAUCAGAUGGAGGGGCAGUUCUUGGAGGUGUAUAAUGAGGUUAUCAACGAUCUUCUCGGAAGUGGACAGUUUGACACUAAAAAGCACGAAAUCAAACAUGAUAAAGAUGGUAAGAUGACAGUGACCGAGGUGGUCAGCGUCCCACUGAGUAAUCCCCGUCAAGUUUCCACUCUCUUAGACCGUGCUCGAUCUCGUAGAGCUGUCGCUGCGACGUUGAUGAACGAACGUUCAUCACGAUCCCAUUCGGUGUUUACACUAAAAGUGAGGGGAGUGAAUCCUCUGACGGAUGAAAAGUGUGAAGCUAUGUUGAAUCUUGUCGACUUGGCAGGUUCAGAACGUCUAGCCUCCUCAGGUGCCGGAGAGAACAAAGAUCGAUUGAAAGAAACGAUCAAUAUCAACCGUUCUCUCUCCGCAUUGGCAGAUGUCAUAGGUGCUUUGGGUCAAGGGACGCAAGGUGGACAUGUACCUUAUCGUAAUUCCACUUUGACGAGGUUGCUACAGACGAGUUUGUCCGGAUCUAGCAAAACACUCAUGUUAUGUAACCUCUCACCACUCGCUGCUCAUUUAAGUGAAACUUUAUGUAGUUUACGAUUCGCUACAAAGGUCAAUAGUACAUGUGUAGGUUCUGCCAAGAAACAAAUAUCCAAGUGA